CAUCACAAAUAUGGGAAAUGGGGAAGUUUUGUAAAAAUGUCAACAAAUUGCCCUAAUUAAGCCGAAAGAAGGUGCAAUCAUGAUGGACGAGUUAAACGACAGCGAAAGAUUGUUCGAAUUAUGGAUGGUUUACAUCAAUAAAACAGAUCCUCAAGCUCUGAGGGAGUACAUUCAACUCUUCACCACAACCCACAACAAACUGAUAGACUGUGAUUUCGCGCAUUUGGAAGAAGGGUUUUCAGAAGAAGGCCCACAUCUUAAUAAACUACCUGAUACCUUUCUACAAGUGCUUGGUAACCAGCUUAACCAGUGUUGCUAUGGCGAUGACCUUGAAAAUAUCACCUUGGCAACCAAUAUUCUUAAGUGCCUUAUUGUGCUCUGCAGGAACUAUGACAAUGUGCCUUUGGUAGCCUCCUGCGAGUUUGUUAGUUAUGCUGUGAACAUCGCAACGGUUGUUGUCAGUAAGUUGAAGGGUAUUGAGGAGGAGACAACUCUGUCUGUGUAUAAUGGCUUCCUGAAGGUGGCGCUACAUUUGCUGGAAUGUUUGUAUGACCCAUACUUUACCUGGAGGAAACGCCUGCUGGGUUGGAAUGCUGACCAUUCAAGACUGAAGUUCAGACCAGCAUUAAUACACGUUGAAGUGGUUCCCUUUGUUCAUGAAUGUUUUCAACAAAGAUGGUUGCCAAGUAACAUCAAAUGGAGACUGGUUCAUGUGUUUGGUGCUGUUAUCUCAGGUUCACAGCACAACGCGCUGUCAGCUAUCACACCGGCAACACUGGAUGUUCUUCUGCGAGUUUUGGGUGCCAUUGAUGAUGCCAAACCAACCAAUGAGCAUAGAGAGGAGGCGGGGCAACUGUCGGAGCUCAUUUUGCAAUGCCUUGUCCGCAUGGUCCAUGUGAUACAUUCUUCAAGCCCCGAUCAGAGGCAGGUGGAAGUUAGCCAGAUACUUGAGGGAUAUCUACAGGUGCUGGACACUGGUCACUAUGUGGGCUCUGACACUGACCAGUACCUCAACAUGAUAGGAGCGUUCAGCAGUAUGUUGCGGUGUGAGGACAGGAGCGCUCUACAGGUGAUAGUUGUCAGUGGGGGAACUCUUGACACUCUGCUUACCCUGCUCCAGAAAACACAUCUGUGUGGGACAGAAGCCCAGAAACUGGCCAUGUCAGUCGUGGGUGUUUUGGGUGCCAUUCUGGUUGGAUGUAGCAAUGCUACAGUGAGAUUUGUGGCCACUAUUGGUUACACAAAGCUGCUUGACGUCCUGAAAAGCCUCGGACAGCCAUCGAAGGAGUUGCUGCAAUCACUUCUCAACUUGGUUGUGGAGGGGUCAUACAAAGAAACCUUUCCAAAACAAGUCAACAACACACAGGCCGCAAUUCUUCUCCUCCAAUGGCUGCCUGAUAUCCAGUCACAUGAUCUACAAAUAUGGCUGACCUCAUUGCUACGGCAAUUGUGUGGGUUAGACCACACUAAUAAGAUGCAGUGUUGUAAGGAGGGCAUGAUUUCAUGUCUGCUAACCAUACUUGCCAGGGAAAAGCAAAUCAGCCACACUGCUGUUGGCAAUUUGAUUGGUCUACUGGAAUGUCUUGGCACCCAAUCAAUAACAGCGAUAGAACUGAAGCAGUUGAUUGGUCUACUUAGAAUGGAUGAGGAGGGAAAUCAGAAUAGCUACUGCAGUCGACUGAUGCGAGCGAUGUCAACGAUGGCUCGUAGGGAAGGAAAGGAAGGGGCAUUGCAUUUCUUUAAUCUCCAUGAACCAACUGAUGGAAUUUUGUUACCAGGGAUUCGUAAGUGGCCUGGCACAGCAUUUUCCUUCCAUGCCUGGCUGUGCUUAUCAGCAAGUGUGGACAGAGAGCUGCAAAACAUCCCUGCAGCCCAGACGUAUCGCAGGACACUGUAUAGUUUCCUGUCCAAUUCCGGCAGUGGGUUUGAGGCGUUCAUUAAGGAGUCAGGGGAGCUAACUAUAUCGGUGUUCAGUAAAAAAGAUCACCACUCAGUGACGGUUCCUGAAACUGGUGCAAUUUUGCUGGAUGAACACUGGCAUGAUGUGUGUAUUGUUCACACAAAUUCCAAACGUCCAUUUGUCUCCAGUCAGUUGAAUGUUUACGUUGACGGGAAACUCAGACUUAACUCUCAGCUUAAGUAUCCCAACAUGACUGAGCAAUUCACAUCAUGCCGUGUGGGAGCUCAUGUUUGGAAUCUACAACAAUCAGCUGAGGCUGAAAAAGCAAUCAGUCCUCAACCACAGAAGAAAAUCUCCCCUUUCAAAUUCCUCACCCGGGGGGCGUCAAAAUCCAACAACAGUGUUCCAGGAGUUGACUGCAUACCUUGUGGAUCUGAAGACGACCAAUAUGGAAUUCCAAUUCCCCUAAAUGGACAGAUAGGAUCGGUUUGUUUGUUCCAUGAGCCUGUUUCAGCCACUCAAGUCAAGUGUCUGUACUCAGCGGGGCCGAACAAUCUCACCGUGUUCCUGGAAGAGAGUGAUGUGCUGGAUUUACCUGGUAAAAUGGUGCUACACUACAAUGCAAGGGCUUGCAAGGACUGUAAGAUCAUGGAUCUGUCAGCCAAUCAGAAUGAAGGAAUCCUGUCUGGUCAGAAGUGUAUCAACUGGGAUACCAAGGAUGUGAUCAACUGCAUAGGAGGGAUCCAGGUGUUAUUUCCCCUGCUGGAGCAAGUACACAGACAAUCCUUACCUCCACUGGUGAAGAGUCCUGACCUGGUUCUCCUUGAUAGCACAGUGGAUGAACAGGGGGACUGGGUCAUUUUACCUAGCAGUUCUUACGCAGACACUAAGUUGGAGCAGAACCAGGUGGCAGGCUUCCUGACUUUACUCCGGAACAUGGUACAGACCCGCCCCGUCAACCAACAGACCUUUGUACAGACAAAUGGGGCAGCCGUCAUUGGGGCACUGCUGCAGAAGGUGAAUGCCAAGUUGAUAGAUGUGAAUGUCUUGAUGGCUGUUCAACUGUUGAUAGAGGCCACUGCCGCCACCAACAAGCUUAUGCUGCAACAUCUGUACCAGUAUAUCUUGUUUGAUUUUCGUAUCUGGUCGAGAAGUGACUUCCCUGUCAGAAUAGGUCACAUACAAUACCUCUCCACAAUCAUCAAGGAUGACCGCCGCCACUUCAGGAAAAUGUUUGGAGUACAGUACAUUCUAGAUGUUAUAAGGACGUUCUACAGUACCAGUGGGGGCCUGUCAGAGGAGGACUCGCGAACAAUCCGGGUUUCCUUGAUGGGUCUGGUGAAGUAUUUCAUCCUCAAAGACAUCACUGCCCAGGAAAUGGCUGCCGUUCUCAACUACAUGAUGGCCUGCGGGGAUGAAAAUAUGAUCAUUGAGAGCUUGGACAUGUUGAUCCAACUGUUGAGCUCAGGAAGGAAGCAGGACCAACUGUACCUGCUCAUGUUUGAGCCCAAUGUAGGGGAGAUGCUGUAUGGCCUUCUCACAUUGAAGGGAUUCACCAUUAUCUACUAUGAAAAGAUUGUCAAGGUGCUGUACAUACUGUUGAAGACAGACAAGGUAUACGAGAAGAACAAGUCUCGUCUACGUCUCACUGAUAGCGGCCAUCUUGGUCUGAUAAGCCUGAUAGACGGGAUAGAAAUAUCAGGACCAACCAUCAAACGCUUCCUGGAACAGGUCUCAUUAACAGACACCCCACAAUCGUAUGGAGCCAUUCUGGCCAUCCUCCAGCUCAUCUACAACAGUGGCUUUGAUAUCAAACUAGAGGCCAGCAGGCAGCUUCUCUCUAUCCUUGUGUCCAAAAAUGGUGCUGCCAAAUAUUUCGCCAAACAGCUGGGCUGGCAGGAGGUGCUAACACAUUUGUUUAUUCUGCAGCCCUCCGAGGAUUGCGUUGACAGACAGGAUGGUGACAUCACCAUGGAUACAGAAGAAAAAGGGGCGGUGAACUCUGAUGAUCUGAUUGAUUUUGGGGAUGACAGAUCUAUGACUCAGGGUGAGAACUUUGGGGAUGCCAACGUGAUUGAGAAUGGAGAACCUCUUCAAAGUGAAAGUGCCAGUAAUAGUAAUGAAGUUAGUGAAAAUACCGAUACCUCUCAGUCGGCAUUACCAACCACAGGAAGUGUUCAUUCGGAGAAAGACUGUGAUACAGUAGAUAACAAGGUCUGUGAUAUUAAAUUUUGCCAAAACAGUGAUAUUUACUCAUGUGAUAAUGUAAGUGGGAGUAAACCUUCUCAUCCGAACACUUUGAAUCUCAGUUCAAUUACACCUGCAGGAGGAACAAACAUAUCAAGUGAUUUAUUCAACCUAGCUGACACCCCUACUACACCUAUGUAUAUAAAGUCUGGAUAUUUUGAAGCAAAUCUCUCGGAGUUCGACGAUGAUUACAGGGAAGUGAGUCGGAGCUCCAGCGCCAGUGCAGAAGAUUUAAGCGCAAUCGGACAAAGGACGAAAGAGAGAAAACAGCUAGAAAAAGAAGAAAGUUGUACAUCACUUUCACAAAUUUCGGAAAUCAGUCGCAGUGAGAGCGAUGCUACACUCAGUGAGGUCGAAAUGCGAUAUGGGUCAAUGUCGGCGUCAGUAUCGGCCUCUCACCUAAGCAUAUCAGAGCGACGUCCCGACAGCGGGGAAAGGAUGUUGGAUAGUCUGGGACUAAAGGGGAGUUUUCUGAUGAACGUUAUGGAUGAUUCGCAGGAAUUGUGUCAAAACCUUCUCAUUGCGGUCUUCACUGUAAUGUGGAAAGGUGUUGAGGGCUCCGACACAAAUGCGUGGAAGGAGCGUUGCGAGGUAUUGUCGUGGCUGGACCACAUCACCAUGAACAAUGUGCUCAUGUGUCCGUCAGUUGAGAUAAAGCGGCGACUACUCGAGAUGAUGCUUCAUGCCUGCACAUCUGAUGUUAAAGAUGCUGGUCAUACGUCCCAGUCAUACAUGGAGAACUCCAUUCAGCUGAUGAAACUGGUGCAACACUUCCUACAGCAAAACAUCAAUACGGAACAUGUCUGUAGUGAGGGGCUGCUUGAGGAUGUGGUCACUCUGCUGGACACGCUAGCUGUUUGGGACGUCCAGUCUGGUGCGGGAUGGUCUGAUAUGGUCCACCUUGGUCUCGGGAUCAUAGUGGCAUUCACCAAACUCCCCAGCUUAGAUUUAUGUGCGAGUGCAACUGCCCGUCUCCACACCCUUGUACAGACCAAGUUGAUAUCAAGCUCUGCCGAGGCUGCCUUCCUGAUUGGUCAUCUCAAUGCAGUCAUUGUGAAAGCUGUGGAUGCUGGCACUGACCACUACAGUUUUCUAGCCCCAGUAAUGAAGGCCCUUAUAGACAAGUCCUAUCAGCUCUUCAACCUUGACCUCAACCUCCCUAGUCUGCCCUCGACUAAUCUGAGCCCAACUUUCUUCGAUGACUUCAAGACCUACUGUAAAACUGAGGAAUGGAUGCGCUUCAUUGAAGAUUUUGUUGAGCCCCAGAAGCAGCACUUCACAGAGACUGUGUUCCUGGAGAUGAUACAGGAGAUGGCAGACUUCUGGUCCGACUGUAACUCCGAGAUGAACAUGAACCUGCACAAGCUCAACAGGGAGCGUGGAGAAAGCAAACUGAGGUUCCAGGACCAGAUCCUUAAUGUGUACCAAAAGAAGGUGGAAACGGAGACAAAGAGAUUCCACAAUAUUUCCACCCAGCUACGUAACCAGCAUAGCUCAGUGCUGCGACAGUGGAGGGCCAAGAAAGCCUUCUUUACUGGAGAGAGAGGAGCCUGGGCUGACAGCAGAGGCCACACUCUGGCCCAGCCUGUAAUUCACUGGAAAUUAUCCAACCAGGAGAACUUCUCACGUAUGAAGGUCAAACUGGUUCCUAACUACAACUUUGACCUUCAUACCCAGGCCAGCCUCAUCAGGGACAACUUUGGAGUUGAAGACAUCAAUCUGCUUGAGGCUAUGAGGAAGCUGAAUGUUGUAAAAGAAGCCUUUGUAUCUAAGGAGAACAUAGGGGAUGAUGGGAUAGGAGAUGAAGAUUGGAAUGUGAUCAGUGCACAAAGUUCUGGCACAGAUGAAUACGAGGACAAGGAAAAGCUGGUGAUGUCCGAGGAGUGUGAGUUGGUGACCUUGCAGGAGGUCAUCAAAGGUCGACUAGAGGUCACUACCACCCAUGUCUACUUCUUUGACUGCACCACAACCAAGGAAGAUGGUGGUGAGGAUUUUAAAUGGGGCCUUCCGCAGCUGAGGGAGAUUCAUUUCCGUCGAUACAACCUUCGGCGUUCAGGCCUGGAAAUGUUUCUGGUGGACCAGACCAACUACUUCCUUAACUUUCAGAAAAAGGUCCGUAACAAAGUAUACAGUAGAAUCCUGAGUCUGCGACCUCCAAACCUGAUAUACUAUGGGUCAAGGUCACCAGCUGAGCUUCUCAAAGCUUCAGGACUAACACAGAAAUGGGUACAAAGAGAGAUCAGCAACUUUGAGUAUCUGAUGCAGCUGAACACGAUAGCAGGACGGACGUACAAUGACCUCAGCCAGUACCCUGUAUUUCCAUGGAUACUUAGUGACUACACGUCCCCUACUCUUGAUCUGGAGGACUCGUCGGUGUAUCGUGACCUAUCGAAGCCCAUCGGGGUCCUCAACCCAAGGAAUGAAGAAGACAUCAGGGAAAAGUAUGAACAUUUUGAGGACCCUUCUGGUAUAAUAGAGAAGUUCCACUAUGGCACGCACUACUCCAAUGCUGCCACGGUGAUGCACUACAUGAUCAGGAUGGAGCCGUUCACUACACUCCAUAUAGCUCUGCAGAGUGGAAAGUUUGAUGUGUCUGACCGUCAGUUCCACUCCAUCCCCGGGGCAUGGAAGUCUAUGUAUAACAACUCCAAUGACGUGAAGGAACUCAUCCCAGAGUUCUUCUUUCUGCCCGAGUUCCUCAAUAACAGCAAUGGGUUUGACCUGGGAAAGCUGCAGAUUUCUAAUGAGCAAGUAAAUGAUGUAGAGCUGCCAAAAUGGGCGGAGAGUCCUGAAGACUUCAUAUAUAAACACAGGAAAGCUCUGGAGAGCGAGUAUGUGUCAGCCAACCUUCACAACUGGAUCGACCUGAUAUUUGGAUACAAGCAGAAAGGCCAGGCAGCGAUAGAUGCUCUCAAUGUCUUCUACUACUGUACUUACGAGGGUGCUGUUGACCUAGAUGCAGUCAAGAACCCCAUAGAGCGCAAGGCUCUAGAAGGGAUGAUCAAUAACUUUGGGCAGACCCCGUGUCAGUUAUUGAAGGACCCUCACCCCAAGAGACUAACAUUUGAGGAGAUCGUGGCCAAGUCCUUCAAGACUGACAGACAUCUCAGUAUAUUCUUCUUCUUAGAGAAUCUGAAGGUGUAUUUUGUGGAGGUAUCAGCAGAGACGGACCCUCUGGUGUUUAUUAACGUUCCGCGUAGUCAGCCUAGGUCGAUCAUCCAGCACGGCAUGCACGAUACCAUGGUGACAGUAAGUGCUGAAGGAGUGAUUGGAACACAUGGCUGGCUGCCAUACGACAAGUCUAUCUCAAACUAUUUCACUUUCGACAAGGAUCCGACUGUCACAAACAUAAAGACCCGGAAGAAGUUCAACAGCCCUUUUGCUCCCGGUCUGACGGUAAGCCCGGGGCUGUUUGUGGUCACCCAUGACUGUAAACUGCUGAUCAGCGGAGGACACUGGGACAGUAGUAUACACAUCUUCCACAUUGGCAAGGCCCGCAAGCUGACCCAUAUUUGCAGGCAUAUAGACAUUGUGACAUGUUUGGCUCUAGACUACUGUGGCAGCCACCUGAUUACUGGAUCAAGGGACACAACUUGUGUCAUUUGGCAGGUCCUGCAACAGGGUGGUGUAUGUGCUGGGGUGUCCCCUAAACCCCUACAGACGUUAUAUGGACAUGACCAUGAGGUAACUGCAGUGCACAUCUCCUCAGAGCUUGACAUGGCCGUCUCAGCUAGCAAGGAUGGCACUGUCAUGGUACACACCGUGAGGAAGGGUCACUACAUGCGAACGUUACGUCCAGAGACCUCCCCCGGCUAUAAUCUCAACAUCCCCAUGAUCGCUGUAGAUGAGAUGGGUCACAUUGUCAUUUACUGCCACGAAUCUCAGCCAGUACAGUCAAAGACUGUGACGACCCUGUACCUGUUUUCGUUAAACGGGAAGCUGAUCAUUUCCCGGGAGGUCGACCACGGCCUUGGUCACAUGAUCAUCAAGGGAGAAAACCUCAUCACAGGGGACAGUGAGGGAAACAUCAUUGUGUAUGAGAUAUUUGGACUGCGACAGAUGACAUGCCUGCCCCUCUAUGUCCCUAUACACAGCUUGGCCAUCACAAACUCAUGUACUCAACUCAUGGCUGGUCUUCGCGAUGGCAAACUUAUCAUUAUCGGAAGAAAAGCUAACAAUGAAGUCCGCUGAUGAAAGAAAAACAACAAAUUGGUGACACAGGACAGACUCAACUCCUUCUAUUGUAAUAUGUUGUUAUGCCGGCCUUUGCUCUAACCCUACAAAUAUUACAUUUGGAUGCUGAAUAAACCCAACAAAAUAGCACGACUAAAGAAAAAAACUUGAUACUUGCUAACAUGAAAGACUAUUCGCAAACAUUGGUUUUCGGUAUGUUUAUAACAAACACUCAAAAAGAUCCAGAUAAUCAAAUAAAAUUUCAUACAAAUUUUGUUAGGGUAAAUAAUUAUGCUCAUGUAAAAUGCUCAUGUACAGGAGGAAAAUUGAGUCUGGCUUCAAUAUUUGCUGAGCUAUGCCAAUUUUCUGACUGAAAUACAACAGAUGGGAGUUGGCAUUGGCACAACACUCGUUUGCCGUAAUUGUGAAUAAACUUUCAAUAGUGAACUGAUACAGCCAAUUGUAAAACAGGUUAUGUUUUUGGUUUUGUCAAAGCUAACCAAACUGUUUAUUGAUUGGUCAAUAUUUUGUCAAGUAAUUAUUACGAACCAAUCAUAUUAUUUAAUGUGAAAACUAGACUAAACUGACCGGUUACAACUUAUCAACGUUUUAUACAAUUGGCUAGGGGUGGUUUGCUGAUAAAUGAAACUCAGGAUUCAAAAGAAAUUACCCAUGUAGGAUGGAAUAAAUGAAUGGCAGUUAGUUAUGCUUGUAUUUGAGUGAUUCAAGAAAUUGUGGCUUUUUGUUAGGAAAAUACUAAAAGAAAGUCUUACAGACUAGGACAUAUCAGUUUACAUAUCCAAGUUUACUGGUAGAAAAUGGUGAUAAUUAUAUGUGUCAGUGUAAUAUUGAUAGUUUAGCAUGCAUAUCACCAGUUUUGACCCUUUUAAUUUUUUUGUCUCAGAAUCAGCUUAUUUCGACAUCAAUGCCUUUGAUUAUAACAUAUGAAUUAGUUCACAAUAGAAAAGAACUCAAUUGUUUGGGAAAAAGCUAAAAAAAUAGGUUUUUUUAUAGCGUUAAUAACUAUUUAAGCCAUAAAACAUCAAUUUUUGAAUGUAAAUUUAAAAUCUGUAAUCUGCUCUUUCGUCACAAGGUUAUAUCACUGGUUUCCAGAUAUUUAUGUAAAAGAAUGCUAAUUCCAAGAUAAAAAAUAAAAAAAAAGUUGUAAAAACAAUAAAUCUGUGAGAGUGCAGCUUUAAAUCCAAUAAUAAUAAUAAUGAUGUUUUGGUUUCCAUGCCAACCAGCUACAGCUAAAAAAUUCUCAGUUCAAUACUAAGUACAAUCAGAUAUUCUAUAUAGGAUCUUUGGAACAAUGCUUAUUCAAUGCUUAGGCAAAAAAAAAAAAUUGUUUGUUUAGGGUAACCUUCCCAAAAUUUCUAGGUAGGGUAGGUAGGGAUUUUUUUUUAUUUUUUGAUUUUUUUUUCAAAAUCUGUCGUAAGUUUCGAGUGUUUUCUUGCACAUGGCAGUCUUUCCUACAUUACUGUCAUUGCCUGACUUUGUUUUAUCAUAUAAACAAUAAUUCUGAUUAAAAUCUUCAUAUAUCCGCCCUUCGUAACUCUCUAUUCGCUAACGAAUAUUUUUUUGCUCAGAAACGGAAAAAAAUAGUUAGGGUCGGCGCAUUUUUAUAGGUAGGGUCGGGUUACCCGAAACAGACAUUAUUUUUUUUUAGGCCUUAUGUAUCACAAUAUUGUUUGUUUAUAUUAUAUAGUGUUUUUAUUUGUAGAUAUAUUUCAGUUGUUUUUUGUU